CCGUGUCCCUCCCGGGGACCCCGAUCGAGCAGAGCAGACACACUGCACGACACAGCGCCUCCUUCUCCAUCCCCCAGCCGGCCCAGCAUAUGAGAAUACUAUGAUCCCUUCCCUUCCUUCCACUCCAUCUUGGCUUCACCUCCCACACAUGCGUACAAGAGAACCCACGCACUGACCCUCCCCAACCCCCAAUCACCGCCUCCGCCUCCGCUUCAAUGGACGGACAGAGCCACCCCCUCGCAAUGCACUGAGCAGACCGUCAGUGAGCCACGGGUUCUUUGUUUCGGUGGUUGUGUGCGGGUCCAAGAAGGGGCGGGAGCUGACCGGAGCGGCAAUGGCCGCCGGGAGGAGGCUGUCGGAGCUGCUCCAGGAGCAGCAGGAGCCGUUCCUCGUCGAGGCCGCCAAGAUUCGGAGGCCGCGGCGCGGCCGUGGCGGGGGAGGAGGAGGGUCUUGCUGCCCCGUGGCCGCGUGCCAGCGGCUGCUCAGGCUCUGCAACCACGGCUUCAAGAAGAGGAGCGGCGGCAUUAGCGGCCCGAGGUCCGCGCUAAGCAAGGUGCUGUGCGGCAAGGCCGUGAGGAGUGUGUUGCGCUGGGAAAAUCUUGGCGGCGGGUGCUUCACCGGCGUCGGCGACCGCGAGUUCCGCCGGCUGCGGCGGUCCGCCGCCUACAGCGGCGAAUGCGAUGCCUGUGCCAUGGAGUUUGACGACGACGACGGGUAUGAGCGGCAGGGAGGAGCGAGGUGGAAGACGGACAUGGAGAUCGACUCGUCGCGGCAGCUCAGCCCGGUCUCCGUCCUGGAGCUGCACUCCGACGACGACUCUCCGGUGCAUCCUCGUUGGGAGGAGGACGAGAAGCCAUCAACCUCCGGGAGCUCACCCUCAGCUCCAUCCUCAGACUUCCACGGCCCCACCUCGCCGUGCUUCACCUACAACGUCCACGACGGCAAGGCUCUUGCAAUGGAAACGACGGAGGAAGAGGACGAGGAGACGGCCGGCAACCGCGGCGGCGGCGGCGGCGGCAAGUGCGUCGAGGAGCAGAUCUCGUCGUGGGAGAGGAUCGCCGGGGACAUCUACAAGAUCCCCGGGAUGGUGGAGCUGGACCUGUCAGAGUCCGGGCAGCAAUGGAGGGGGCUCCUGCCGGAGGUCAGGGAGAUCGGCGCCAGGAUUGAGACCCUCAUCUUCGAGGAGAUCAGGAGGGAGACCGUCUGUGACAUGCUCGCCUCACACUCUACAUUUUCACCAACAUCUCGUUGACCAGACAGUCAAAUUGAGAGGGUUUGUGGGGUGGUUAAAAUUUUACUACUAGGGAGGUAGUGCUACCGGAGAGAGGAUCUGUGUAAUGUGAGGCUUGAUGUGAAGAUCAUUUUGCUUUGUUCCCCAGCUCCAAAGUCUUGGUCUGCUCUGCUCCUUGGGGUUCCAUGUUGUUUAUUCUGCUAAAAGAGAAGCUACUUCAAGUAGUGCAAUGGUUUUGGUAGA